CGAUGAGUUAAUGUUUCAACAUGCAAUAAGCAGCUGCAGUUAUUUUGACAUCAUCAAUGUAUUUAAUGACUGCAUUCAUUCAAACAUCUCUGUCAUGGUUUGGUACAAAAACUAGAACACCAUUGCAGGUACCUAAAAUAUAUGCGACUCAAGAGAGUUCACCCAAACACUUCAAAUUUUUAACCACCAUGGCUUCACUGCCAACUGAGAUCUUCACUACCGUGGAGCUUCAGCAGCAGCACCGCCAAGCCGAGGACACUUCCGGUCGGGCCAAGACAGCUCAGUGGCUUCUCUCUUCUCCUGAUCCACCAGGCUUAUGGCAGCAGCUCAUUCAUGGCAUAAAAUCCAAUCUUCUUCCUCAAGGAAACAGUUACUCCAAGCAGAAAACACCAGCAAACCGAGCCUUUUCGUUAUUUCGGGGUCUGUUUCCAAUCCUUAGCUGGGGGAGGAAUUACAAGGCAUCAAAGUUUAAAAAUGAUGUGAUGGCAGGUUUGACACUGGCCAGCCUUAGUGUUCCUCAGAGUAUUGGAUAUGCUAAUCUUGCAAAACUUGAUCCGCAAUAUGGCCUGUAUACAAGCAUUGUUCCACCUCUGAUUUAUUCUCUAAUGGGGAGCUCAAGAGAGCUAGCAAUUGGGCCAGUGGCUGUGGUUUCCAUGCUCCUACCCUCCUUGAUUCAGAAGAUAGAAGAUCCUGUGGCCAAUCCUAUUGCUUACCGAAAUCUUGUGUUCACAGUGACAUUUUUUGCCGGAAUCUUCCAAGCUGCAUUUGGAAUUUUCAGGUUGGGAUUUCUUGUGGACUUUCUUUCGCAUGCUGCAAUUGUAGGGUUUAUGGCUGGUGCAGCCAUCAUCAUUGGCCUCCAACAACUCAAGGGCCUUCUUGGGAUCAGCCACUUCACCACCAACACCGAUAUAAUCUCCGUCUUGAAGUCUGUUUUCGAUUCAAUUGUUCAUGAACCAUGGCACCCUCUGAACAUCGUCCUUGGUUGUGCAUUCUUGAUAUUCCUCCUAAUUGCUAGGUUUAUUGGAAAAAGAAACAAAAAGCUCUUUUGGGUACCAGCAAUUGCCCCACUUAUAUCAGUUAUAUUAUCUACUUUGAUAGUGUAUUUAACAAAAGCUGACAAGCAUGGAGUAAAUGUUGUAAAACAUAUCAAAGGGGGACUAAAUCCAAGCUCAGCUCAUCAGCUACAACUCAGAGGCCCACAUGUUGGACAAGCAGCCAAAGCGGGACUCAUUUCUGCUAUCAUUGCUCUUGCUGAGGCCAUUGCCGUCGGUCGAUCUUUUGCUGCCAUCAAAGGGUACCAUCUUGAUGGUAACAAAGAAAUGCUAGCCAUGGGAUGCAUGAACAUUGCUGGAUCAUUAACUUCAUGCUAUGUUGCAACUGGUUCAUUUUCAAGAACUGCAGUAAAUUUUAGUGCAGGGUGUCAAACUGUGGUAUCAAAUAUAGUGAUGGCUCUAACCGUAAUUUUGUCACUGGAAUUACUUACUAGACUAUUGUAUUUCACUCCCAUGGCAAUCCUUGCUUCAAUCAUCCUAUCAGCUCUUCCUGGGCUCAUUGAUAUCAAUGGAGCUUACCACAUUUGGAAGGUUGACAAAUUGGACUUCCUUGCUUGCGUUGGUGCAUUCUUGGGGGUCUUGUUUGAAUCAGUAGAAAUUGGUCUUCUUGCUGCGGUAAGCAUCUCUUUUGCAAAGAUAUUGAUAAAUUCACUUAGACCUGGAAUAGAUGUUCUGGGGAGACUUCCAACAACAGACAUCUUUUGUAACAUCAAUCAGUAUCCCAUGGCCAUUGAAACUCCAAGCAUCUUGAUAAUUGGCAUCAACUCCUCUUUGCUUUGCUUUGCCAAUGCUAAUUCUGUGAAAGAAAGGGUAUUGAAGUGGGUGACAAAAGAAGAGGAUGAGAAUGGAGAUCCGAAAGAAAAAAGAAGAAUUCAACAUGUAAUCCUUGAUAUGUCCAAUGUGAUGAAUGUGGACACUUCCGGAAUUCUUGCCCUAGAAGAAAUACACAAGAAGUUGUGUUCAUAUGGCAUACAAUUAGCCAUGGCCAACCCAAGGUGGCAAGUGAUUCACAGGCUAAAGGUGUCCAAAUUGGUAGACAAGAUUGGAGGAGAGAGUGUUUUCCUCACUGUUGGCGAAGCAGUAGAGGCCUGCCUUACUUGCAAAGUGACUGGUGGGAGCAGCUGUUGAUGGUUCGAGUGCGUCUCAUAACUUCUCGAGGAAUCGUUCUUUAGUUGUUGUGAAUGACUGAUUUUUCUCGAUCUUUUCUACAUUGGCCCAUAGGAGCAAGUAAAAAAAACUGAGAAAAAGAAUCAUUUGAUUUGAUUCGUUCUCGAGAUCUAUGAUAUUAAGUUAUAAAGCUAUGUCACCCUAAUAAAGUGCAGAUGCUUAGAGAAAUAUGUACAGAGAUGUUUGAGAUU